GGUUUCGAAAGGUGUCAAAUUUCCAGAAGACCUUAAUUAUAUUUAUUACUCCUUUGAUAAAUAAAUUAAUAAGAUAAUACUUACGGAAUGCAGAAUCCCAAUGAGGAUACAGAAUGGAACGAUGUCCUACGAGCGAAGGGAAUUAUUCCUCCAAAGGAGAAAGAAAUCUCAGAGGAACAAAUUGUUAACAUGAUCGAAGAGACCAUACAAAAUAAACAAGCCGAGAAAGAGAAACAACUAUCAGAGUUAGACUUAGAUGGUUUAGAUGAACUAGAAGAUGAGGAGGAUGAAGCAGUACUACAGGAGUACCGCAGGCGGAGGAUUGCGGAAAUGAAGAGGUUGGCAGAAAAGCCGAGAUUUGGUGAUGUUAGAGAGGUUUCGGGCCAGGAUUAUGUUCAAGAGGUGAAUAAAGCUGGUGAAGGCAUCUGGGUUGUUAUACAUCUUUAUAAACAAGGGAUACAAGAAUGUGCCCUGCUGAACCAACAUAUGCGUGAACUGGCUACAAAGUUCCCUUACACCAAGUUUCUGAAGGCAAUGGCUCAGACGUGUAUCCCCAACUAUCCGGAGAGAAAUCUACCCAGUGUGUUUGUGUACUUUGAAGGGGACAUGAAGAAGCAGUUUGUGGGACCACUUGAAUUGAGAGGCACCGCAUUGACUUGUGAUGAAUUGGAGUUCAUCCUGGGUCAAGUUGGAGCCAUUGAUACAAAAAUCAAAGAAGACCCAAAACCAAAGAUAAAGGAUAAGUUGUUCACAGACCUGGGCUGUAAUGAUUGUUGACAGGCCACAGAUGUGUACUGAAUGGUGCAUAGACAAUAUUUUAUAAAUUUUGGUGUGAGGAUGCUUGCUUAUUGCAUUAAUUAUUUAUUUUUAAUUUUUAGUUAUUGAUAAAACAAAAGCAUUUGUUUUUGAUACUUUAGAUUUUUAAUUGUAAAGAAGUGUAAUUCUACAUCUAGGAUUCUGUAUUU